CCUGGGCAGAGCGCACUCAGCGCAGACGCAGCGCAUCAUGGCAGGGCUGGAGCUGGCACCCUUCAGGCCGUGGGAGGACUUUUUCCCUGGUGUUGACCGCUUCGCCAAACCCGAUGUGUCUGAUUUAAGCAGAUGGAAUAACAGAGUGAUCAGCAAUCUGCUUUAUUAUCAGACCGACUACUUCGCAGCCGCUACCGUCGCAAUCCUGAUGGUCGGUUUUCUGAACCCGCUGGGCAUGUUUGUUGGUGGGGCGGUCGUGGCUCUGGUCUUCAUGGGCUCGGUGUGGGCAGGAGAGAAUAAAGCUGUGAUCAAGAGCUUCAAGAAGAGAAAUCCCACCCUGUUUGUCGUGUGUGUCCUGGGAAUCAGCUACCUCCUGCUGUCCUUGUGUGGAGGAGUGAUGGUGUUUCUCUUCGGUAUCACACUCCCCAUGCUCUUGAUCCUCAUCCACGCUUCUCUGAGACUUCGCAGCAUGAAGAACAAGUUGGAGAACAAGAUCGAGGGCGUUGGCCUGAAGAAGACGCCCAUGGGAGUCAUACUGGAUCUCCUGGAUCAACAAGAAGAGAAGGUCAACAAAAUCCAGGAUUUCUUGGAGAGUAAGCUGAAAGACUGAGCAUGUGUCCACUACAUGCAGCCACUCUUUCUUCUUGAGUUGUUUUGUGUUUGUUUUGGUCUUGGUUUGACAGCCAAAUACCAAAGCGGAAAUAUCUUUUUAAAUACCAGAGUAUGACUAAGUUCCAGUCACGUCACAAGGAAGUAUGACUGGAGCUGAUGACAAUGCUGUUUUUAGUUCCUGCUAGUAUGAGACUGUCUGUCAAACUCUUGUCGUAGCCAGACGUGCUAAACUCAUUCCAAAUGUGUGUGCAGCUUCCAUUGAUAUUUUGUCUAUUUUUGGUUUUUAUACAUGAUGAAUUGGCAUAAAAGUGUGUAUGCUUUGUAAAGCUUAUAUAGACAGAGUCACUGAAAGCACUUUGAAAUAUUGUCAUGCCUUAUUUUUCCGCUGUGGUGAAAUGGUCAUCCUUCUUCUAUCGCACAUUUGUAACCAUAAUGAACUGUUUUCAUCUGAGCUGAAAUGACAUAUGAUGGAGGAGUGCGCAUUUAUUGCAUCUCUUGCCAAAUUGCAUGUUUUGUUUCUUUUCUUUGGCUAACGCAAGCUCUGCAGUGAACAAACAUUUACAUGCUUCUAAAUCAGUGCACAAAAUACGGUUUGUUUGCUGUUUUGGGAUGAUUUAAUAAAGGUGGAGUGUGGAAA